ACACAGAGAUAUUACAAAACAGGAAAAAGAACGUUACAGGAUGGAUACAGCGACAAAUAAAACAAAAUAGAAUAAAUCCUUUAACAGCUCAAACAGAAAUAAGAUUGUAUGAAUGGAAACAAUAGUGAUGAGAAACAACCUCUGUCGUCGACACGUGGGCGCGCAUGUGAGCUGGUCAUGUGCGUGGGACACAACGGCAACAAAGCCGCUCAGCCAAUCAGAGCGCUCCCGUCGCCCUCCCGCGCCCCGCCCCGCCCCGCCCCGCGCUCCUCUCUCCGGUGCGGUCAGUGUCAUCGGAGCCGUGGGAACAUGCCGGACGUCCCGCCCGGAGCUCCGGAGGUGUCCCGAAAGAGAGGCGCGGGGUCCGGACCGCCACCCGAACACGGGCCGGAGAGGAAGAAGGCGUGCUGGGGCAUCCUGACCAGCCAAGGGUCCUGGGCAGAUCGUUCCCCUCUCCAUGAAGCAGCUUCUCAGGGUCGACUGCUCGCCCUGCGCACUCUGCUGGCCCAGGGAUAUUACGCCAACAUCGUCACCAUCGAUCAUGUGACCCCUCUCCAUGAAGCCUGCCUGUCAGGACACGUCGCCUGUGUCAGAGCGUUGGUAAACGCUGGAGCUAAUGUAAAUGCUGCUACCAUCGACGGUGUCACCCCUCUGUACAACUGUUGUGCCUCCGGGAGCGUCGGCUGCAUGGAGCUGCUGCUGCAGAACGGAGCGCACACACACACGACGCACUCACACUUCCCCUCGGCUCUGCAUGAGGCCUGCAAGAGAGGCAGCAGCCAGUGUGUCGAGUCCCUGCUGUCUCACGGGGCAGAUCCAGACUACGAUGUGUCCCACCUGGGCUCUCCUCUCUACAUGAGCUGUCUCCACCAGCACACGGCCUGCUCCAAGAUCCUGCUGCACAGAGGAGCCAGUGUGAAUGUGGGCCGAGGAGGAGACAGUCCUCUCCAUGCAGCUGCGACACAGGAAAAUGCUGAUCUGGUGUCACUGUUACUCGAUUAUGGAGCUGACUUCAGCCUCAGAGACGGUAACAACCGGCGACCAGUGGAGUUAGCGCCCCGCGGUGGAAAAACACAGCAGCUGCUCCAAGAGUUUGAAGGUUCUCCGAGGAGUCUCUGCCAGUUGUGUCGUAUCCAGAUCAGGAAUCUGAUUGGUCGAUCGAGACUGGAGCAUCUUCCCAGCCUUCCCCUGCCUCCCCUGCUCACCCACUACCUGGAGUACUCAUAGGGAACUGAGCACGUCACUUUGAGAAUAACAGAAUUUAUUUUCCAUUUGGCAAGUGCUGGCCUUCAAGUGUCUGUAUGUACAUGUAAAUACCAAUACAGGAUCCAUGACAUGACCUCAGUGACCUGUCCAGCAUUCUCACAGCAGUGAGGAGGGUCACACUAUUAGUUUGCUAAACAAGCGUAUUCAACAAGUAGACUAUUGAAUUAGUUGAAUGUAUUUAGUCUGUCUUCAAGCUGUUUGCUUAUGUUGUUAACAUUAUCAAAAGGUAAUUCAUCUUAAGGAUUCCAUCAUUGGUGGAGGAAGUAUUCAGCUCCUUCACUGACAAGUAAAAGUACCACUGUGAAAAAAACUAUUCAUUUAAUAGUAAUUGAGUAAAGGGAGACUGGUAUGCAUUUAUUGUACAUUGCUUCAUUAGAUUAGCAUUACCCCUGCAUGAAUGUGAGUACAAACUAUUGAUCACGUCAUUGUUUGUUUUGUAAAAAUAAGUGACACCUCUGCAAUGGUUGGUUUUGUCCUAAAUGCUAAAUUAUUAGAAAAUUAUAAUGAUAACAUUUAAAAAGAAAAGCAGGAAUGCUUCAAACUGGAAAAUCUGGAAGCCUGAAAUAUCUGGGGAUUCUAAUUAUCUUUAUCCAAACAGUUGAUGAUCAAUUUCAAAUGAACUGACUAAUUGAUUAAUCGACUGAUCAUUUCAGGUGUUCUUGUGUAUAUUGUUGUGUAGCCUAGUCUAUAAUAAAGAAUCCUAUUUUUUAAACCUG